AUGGCCGACACCAUAGCGCUGUACAGACGCAUCCUGUCACUACUGACGCCACCGGAACUUUAUCGCGGCUCAAAUUGCGUUCUCUGUGACGAAUAUUCAACUUUGCAGGGUUCCAUUGACAAUGUCAUGGCGACGUUCAUCAAGGUGAGCGAAGUGCGCGAUGCUGUAAACCAGCUAAAUCAAGGCAAAUUGUCCAAUAAUUGCAGCGCGAGUCUCCUCGACGCAAUGGACACUACACUUGACCUGCAAAAGACUUUGACAAUGCGACUGGAGAACUUGGCAGCGGGGAUGACAGUGAUGGACGUAUCACCUUUGAAGGAAGAAGGAAACGAAAAUGAUGGAUCAAGCGGAAAUGGGAUACAAGCUACUCGAAAACGCAAGGGGAAGGACAAAACUGACGUUAAUGGGACGACAAUAAUCAAGAAGGAGGCAUCUUUACCAAGCGAAGAAGACGGCGAGAAACCACACAAGAAGAAACAGAGACACGCGAAGUCUCAUGAGGACGAAGCGGUCGAGGGUGGAGCUAAGAAGGAGAAGUCGGCGGACGCAAAGAAGCCGAGUAAUGAUUUCUCUCUGGCUCAUGAUGCCCUCACGACAAUAUUGGAGCUAAAGAUGGUCAAUAAGAGAAUGCACCUGCAAUCCAAGGGGAACUGGGCACUCGCCUUGUUUGAUGCCAAGCGUGUCCUCAAACAUCAGUCUAUCCAAGAUGCUGAUACAAUAGACAAAGCAGCAGCCAACGAGGCCGCUCGUGCGCUCGAAGCCGCAGCCGAAGUAUUUACAAAGCUUGAGUGGACGGCUGAAUACGCAAAGGAAGCGCGAUCUGCGCUCGCUGCGAUAACUGAUGCGUGCAUGGAGAACGAGACGCUUACAGAUGUUAUCCACCGAGCUCGAGCUCAAUUGCAGAGUGUUGUUAUGACUAUCCCAGCCUUUUUGCAACACGACUCUUCCGAUACAAUGUCUACGAGCGUGGUUAACUCACCGGAACUUCAGCUUCUAACUCAUUGCAAACUUGUCGACAGCGUGCACGCACAACCACCAGAAGAAAAGGCGAAGCUAAUCACUAAAGCUCUUGCGGCAAUUCAGCAAGUGAUGACAGGUGAUGACUCGUGUGUGCGCCAAGUCGAUGUGCGGCAAUCUAUUACCAGCGUUUUUCGCUGGAUCAAAGACGUUCCGAUUCAGGGUGAUCUAGCGAAGGAAUAUGCUCGCUUCGCAAAUAGUAUCACUGCUUACAGUACCAAAUUGUCAGGAAUGAAGAAGAGAGCGGAAUGGUGCAGACUUGCUACAAACAUACACGCACUGCUGGAUGAGAAGACUAUAUUAUCAGGAUCGACAGUGGACGUCCAAGCGCUGAAAGAGGUCUCGAAAAUGGAAGAAAUGCACGGUCGACUACUGUCUGUAAUGAAUCAAGUUCAACAAUGGCGAGACGGGAAUUUCUCCACGAAUCAAUUUGACAAGGUGUUUAGUACGAUCAACGGUGUCGUCACGUUCAAAGCAAAGGCAUGGAAUCCUUGUCUGGAACGACUUAUGUGCAAGUGCUUGAAGGAGGUGACGAGCUGUGUUGGGAUGAUCAAGUCGAAACAGAGCCGCGAUAAACGUUUGAAGACGCUAGAGAAGUGGAAGAUUGCACUAAACAAGUACUCGUGA